AUGAGCGCAAGCCAAGUGCCGUGGCCGCUCAUCGGCGGACUGGUGGGCGUCUUCGCCGUGAUUCUCCUCAUCGGCGCGUUUUACGUCGCGUACGCAGCCUGGAAAAAGAAGCGCGAAGGGCCCGAAGUCAGAUACUGCCACAAGACGAAUACAAAGAUCAUCCCUCCUGCGCCGACCAGCGAGCCAAAGAUCGUCAAAGGAGACAUUGAAGAUGCAGCCGAAGCGCUGCUGGCUCGUAAGAAAGAACCAGGGCCAUCCCAGUGCGACGAGUGUAACUGCUGCGACGAGGGGAAAUUGUGA